UUGCAGAUGUCCAUGAAAGAGGUGGGGGAUGGCUUGCAGGAUCAGAUGAACUGCAUGAUGGGCGCGCUGCAAGAACUGAAGCUCCUCCAGGUGCAGACAGCGUUGGAACAGCUGGAGAUUUCUGGAGGCGCACCGGCCUUCAGCUGCUCCGAGAGCUCACAGAAACAGCCCGAGUGCCCUCGCUGGCAGGGUAGGGAAAGUCCUACCAGAUCUGCAGCCUGUCCUUCCUCCAGCCAGCCUUCUUUUGACAGCAGCCCCAAGUUUCCGCGCCAAAGGACUGUCUGUGGGGAGGAUCUUGCGGUCCUUCCCAAGUCACAGCCGCCUGAGCACGAAAGCGGUACCCAGCAGGGGCUGGAGUGGGUGGAGCCAGAUGACUGGACCUCUACGUUGAUGUCGCGGGGCCGAAAUCGGCAGCCUCUGGUAUUAGGGGACAAUAUUUUUGCAGACCUGGUGGGCAACUGGCUAGACUUACCAGAACUGGAAAAGGGCGGGGAGAAGAGUGACACUGGGGGGGAACCCAGUGAGCCCAAAGGAGAAAAAAGCCAGUCCCGGGAGCUGGGUCGCAAGUUUGCCCUAACAGCUAACAUUUUUAGGAAGUUCUUGCGCAGCGUGCGGCCUGACAGAGACAGGCUGCUCAAGGAGAAGCCAGGCUGGAUGACUCCCAUGGUCUCAGAAGCACGAGCAGGGCGCUCGCAGAAAGUCAAGAAGAGGAGCCUUUCCAAGGGCUCCGGACGAUUCCCAUUCUCAAGCACGGGAGAGUCCAGACACAUUGAAACCCCUGCCACAAGCAGCCCCAAGGCCUUAGAACCCUCCCGUGGGGGCUUUGACAUUAACACAGCUGUCUGGGUCUGAAUUCGAGAGAC